AUGCAAGAUUCAGUGCGCAUGCCGAUCGAUGUCUUGGAGUGGUGCUACAGUGCUAGGCUUCAGAUCGACAAGUCACACGACACAGCGAAUGCUGGUUUUCUUCACAAUGCUAUGGAUGCAAAGUCUGAAGCCGCUGUAUCGAAGCCUAAUGCGGCAUCGGGAAUGUUGAAUGAGGAUCGGGAGCUGGGCAUGUGUUCGCUGGUUGAGAACGACCCUUCUCGUGCUAUGGAGAUACUACGUCUCUUGCUGAAGCACGGAUGGACCCUCCACGAUACGCGAACACAUCUUGCCGCCGCUAAGCUAGGAAACAUGGACAAGUUACGGCUAGUGGUAGAGCAUGGAGUCGGUCUUGAGAUGGUCGGGCCGUGA